AACCUCAAAUGCAUACGAUGACGAGCAUUGAUACCCUACCUGGAUAUGAGGAUGAUUGGUCGGUUGUGCAAGAUCCUGCAACGCGGAGAAGAAUCCAGAACAGGAUCGCUCAGCGAUCUCAUAGAUUGAAGUACGGGAGAAAGCCAAUGACUAAGAGGGAAAAUCGGACGAGUUUACGUGAACCUUUAGAGACGCACCAAAAUGUUCAAGACAAGAAGCGCAACAAAGAUUCAGAGGUGGUUGCAACGUUUGAGAUUAACAACUAUCCUGCAGAUUCAGCACAUAGCUUGGCAGACCUCGACAUAUCCUUCUUGGACUCGCUUGACUACCAACCGAAUUCGUCUCAAGAAGCCACUUUAUCUGGAACACUUCAAAAUAUUGAAAGCACUUCUAAUCCUGCGCUCGAUACAUCUACCGUAGAUUCCCGGGUACUUGAGUCUCGUCCCAAUACUGCAGUCAGCACAUACCAGCCCCCAUCUCCACUGACUGACCAACUCAUCGUCGUCCGAGCCCUGGGGACCCUCUCCGCGCUCCUCUUCAAUGCAGCCAUCCUCCAAAUCGACUGCCACAAACAAAUCCGCAGCCGCGAAAUCUACGUCCCUCCCACACUCUCCACACCCUCCGCCCUGACACCCACACCUCUCCAGUCCACAACCCCACAUCUCCCCUAUGUGGACCUCAUCCCUUUCCCCUCCAUGCGAGACAGAUUACUACAGUCUCAGCAAUUUAUCAGUGGAGUUGAGAUCUGGGCGGAUAUCACGAGAGAUAUUACGGUCUGGGGGAACACGCCUUGGGAUGAAGGGGCUUGGGAGAUUGGUGAGAGAUUUGCGGUAAAGUGGUGGUUUUUGAUGGAUGAUGAGGUGUUAAGGGGGACGAAUUUCUGGAGGGGGGCGAGGGAUGAGAGGAGGUUGUCUAUGGGGGAAAUUAGAGAGAGGCUUCAAGGAGGCUUGCUCCUGGUGAUGUAA